CCCAACAUCUUCGGCCCAUCAAACUCCACGGGGUAUAUAAACGAACACCAUCUCAGGUCAAAACCCUAAACUUUAGAAAACCUCUCUGCCUCCCUCACUCCUACGGAACUCUGAGGCUCGAAUUGUUCUUCAAAUCUCGUUCAAGUAACUUUUGCUUGUAAGGAUGGUGAAGACAAGUGUUUUGAAUGACGCUCUCAAAACUAUGUAUAAUGCUGAGAAGAUCGGCAAAAGGCAGGUUCUUAUUAGGCCUUCAUCAAAAGUGAUCAUCAAGGUUCUCCUUGUUAUGCAAAAGCAUGGUUACAUCGGCGAAUUUGAGUAUGUUGAUGACCACAGGUCUGGAAAGAUUGUGAUUGAAUUAAAUGGAAGAUUAAACAAGUGUGGUGUUAUCAGCCCUCGUUUUGAUGUCGGAGUGAAAGAGAUUGAGUCCUGGACAGCAAGGUUGCUUCCUUCUAGACAGUUUGGAUAUAUUAUUCUUACAACUUCGGCUGGCAUCAUGGACCACGAAGAGGCUAGAAGAAAGAAUGUUGGAGGCAAGGUGCUUGGCUUCUUUUACUGAUGAGAGGGGGCUUCACGGAUUGACUUGAAAUUUUGGAAUAGUACUUCAUCCUUGAAUUUUUGUUGCCUUCUGCUACCUUCAUCUGUUUGAAUGUAGUGCCCUUUUUCUAUAUAUUUAGUUUUUCUUUAUGCACUCUGGGUUGCUGUUGUACUAUGUGAAAUGAGAUUUGAUAUUUUUCUUAGCUAGUUGAUGAACCUGACUUUAUUUCACAAUGUAGCAUGCUUUUCUCAAAUUCUUGAGAUUCUGGCUAUUUUAUAUGUUAAAUGAAAUCCUUUGUUUGCA